UUGCUGAGAGGCAAGGAGCUAGACGCAGUGACUAUGUUGUAAAUGUCGUGGUGUAAAUAAUGUUCGUUCAGUUGCGACACGCUGUUGGCGCGUGUUUGAACUUUGAGCAUGAUCGAUGUAUUUCUGUAGUCUUUUAUUUAUAAUUCACGGUAGAAUAUGCGUUAUGCCCAGUUAGUAAUCGGGCCUGCUGGCAGCGGAAAGUCGACUUACUGCAGCACGAUACAGAAGCAUGGUGAAGCUACGAGGCGUAGCAUUCACGUCGUUAACUUAGAUCCCGCAGCUGAGCAGUUUCAGUACAAUGUUUUGGCUGAUAUAAGAGAGCUGAUACACCUUGAUGAUGUAGUGGAAGAUGAGGAUCUACACUUUGGACCUAAUGGUGGUCUUGUAUUUUGUAUGGAGUAUUUUGCACAGAAUUUUGAUUGGCUUCAAGAACAGCUGGGAGAUGGAGAUGAUGACUAUAUUCUCUUUGACUGCCCGGGUCAGAUAGAAUUGUACACGCACCUGCCCGUCAUGAGGCAGCUCGUCGACUGCCUACAGAGUUGGGAUUUCCGUGUCUGCAGCGUCUUCCUGUUAGAUGCCCAGUUUCUCGUGCAGACGAGCAAGUACUUCUCCGGCGUGCUGGUGGCACUGUCGACGAUGGUGAACCUGGAAUUACCGCACAUUAAUGUGCUCAGCAAGGUCGACCUGCUGUCAAAGUCCACGAAGCAAGAACUUGAGAAAUAUUUAGAUCCAGAUGUGAGUCAGCUCUUGGGAGUACAUGAAGAUGAGGAUACACACUGGCACGAACGCUUCUACAAACUCAGUCGAGCCAUUGCCAAUCUGAUAGAGGACUACAGUCUUGUGUCUUUUAUCCCAAUGAACGUUGCAGAUGAAGACUCCAUUGGUGAUGUUCUAUAUGCAGUUGACAACACAAUACAGUAUGGGGAAGAUCUAGAGCCAAAAGAGCCAAAGGAUGUUGGCGAAGAAGGUGAUGAAGAUGAUCUUUAGGAUUAUAUUGACGACUAGCAAAAGAAAAGAAGGAAUUUUAAAUACCAUGUACAAAUGAUUUCCUACACCAUAUACCACCUAUAUCAUAAUUAAUUACAAAUAUAUGGUGUCUGAUGAUCAUGCUACUUACUAAUAUGAUGGAAAAUAAACAGUUCUAUUACAUUUUAGUAUAAA